CAAAAGGUGUUAAAGUCGCUAAGCCUAUGUUCCUUGAGUAUAAUGUAUAUAAUGUCCCCGAUGGACAAUGGUCUCAUGAAUACGGGAAGCAAGUUGGGAGUUGUGCUACUAGAAUUAAUAUUAACGUCCCAUUAUAUCCAAAGGUAGAUGAGCAAAUCAAGAAGGGGUUUUGGGAGGAGACUAAGGUAAGCAUUGGAUAUUAACUUGAUUUGUAUAUUUUAGGGAUUAUUUAAUUUGAUUUAAAUACUAUUUUUAUAAUCUAACUUUUUUUAAUUAUUAACAGCUUAUGUUCCACAUUACUGAUGAUUUUAAUCAUUCGAGGGAGAAAUAUUUUCAUUCUUGUGUGGCGAAACGAUUUAGUUGUUUCAAGAGCAAGUUGGUGCGCCGAUGGAUAACUAUGAAGGAAAAGAAGUCAAAAAAUCAAACAAACAAGAUGCCUUGGGAUGUCUACAACCAUAUCACAGAGGAUGAUUGGAAGACUUUUGUUAAACAUUAUUUCCUGCCAGAGUCAUUGCUUCGUAGUGAAAAGGCGAGGAAAAGUGCAUCAUGCAACAAGAACCCACAUCGCACCGGCCAAAAGGGUUAUAAUAGAAAGCGACUAGAUUGGAUAAAGGAUGGACGACUUCCACCAGAUGCAGCUUUACCUAUCUCGAGUAGCUCCUCGGUGAACUCAUCAGUGACCUCAAAUGUUAAUAGAGUUAGAAAAUACAGAUCAAAGGAGUGGAUUUUGGCCCAUCAAGUACAAAAUAAAGAGGGAAAGUGGGAAAUUGACCCGAACGAUACAGAAGUUGUUGAAAUCGCAACAAAAGCUUUAGAGUACAUCGCAGAAGAGGAAAAAGGAAAUCUUUCUUUCGAACAGGGUGAGGAUGCCCUCACUAAAGCUAUAGGGAAAAAAGAUCAUCGUGGGCGUGUCAAGGGAACAGGUGGCAUGGUUGGUAUCAAAAAGGCUUUCGGUCCGUGUAUUCGACAUAGUAGAAGUGACCAUGGUGAAGCUUCAUCAGAAAAUUACGAAUCAAUCAGAGCUUCUGUGAAAAAGGAGUUUGAAGGUGAAUUAGAGAAAAGGGUAGAGAAAAGGGUGGCAGAGGCCCUCCAAAAGCAACUAAGCACCUUGUUAAAAACAGGACAACUAAACUCCAUUUCUACCCCGAUACCUGAUGACCUCCACUUAAAUGAUUCUGCCAGAGUUGACCUUGAUGUUAGUGCUACAAGAACCACUCGUCACAUCUUAGUGCCGCAACCACGCGAGCUAAAGGAAAGGACUCCAUGUCGUCUUGCCCUUGAGGAUAAAGUUUCAGGCAACAACAUUGUCGUGGCGGAUGGUAUGGUACAACCCUCAGAUGGUGCAUUGCCCCAACAUUUUACAUCGAUGAAGCCUGGUCACUAUAAAGUCCAAGUUGAUUUUGUUUACGACGGACAUGUUGAUGAUAUUCUUCCGGUACCUACGGGAGAUGGUUUCACUAACUUAGGCGGUGCUCUGGGUAGUUUUGUGCAAUGGCCCAUACACUUAGUGAUUUUCGAAGACGGCGAGGAUUGUACUUCACCUCCUAAAAAGAAGUCCAAGUCUAAUGUUUCUAAAGAGAGGGAUGGUAGCUCCAAGAAAAAGACAACGGUGUUAGCGGCCCAAAAGAAGACAACAGACUUACCAUCCAAGGAAUUUUCGCAUCCAAAGAAGUCGAAUUCUAAGCCUAAGUCCAACUUAGAGGUCGUGGGUAGUUGUGAUCGUAAAACACAAGAAUCAACCACCAAAACAAGAAAGCGGGACUUGUACACGAUGCAAUUCAAGGUCUUGGCCCGUCAUGCAAAUACUUGCAGUUUAUCAUGA